GUUCAACCCUGUAUCUUCUGAGUUGUUCUGACUGACAAUUUGUUGACAAAAAACAAAAGAAAGAAUUCCUGACUAAUUUGAAUUCUUUGUUUGACUGAGAGAAAGAUGGCCCCUUCCGAACUCUAAUUCCCUUACAUUCUCGCUCUGAAUUUCCCCAAAAACCCUCGCAUUGCAGUCAAUUUCUCUGAAAAUUGAGGCGCUUCACUUGCAUGUCGGACUCCUCAGCUACUGGCGAACUAUGAUGCAGGUGACUGUUUGUCAAACGUGUGGGGACAAAGGUAUCGAAGAUGCUUUGCUUUACUGUGACAAGUGCCAGAAUUACGCUCUUCAUCGUUAUUGCCUUAAUGUACCAGCACAGAAUAUUUUUGAUGAAGAUCUGACUUGGCUUUGUGAGGAUUGUGAUCCAAAGAUUGUAAAACCUUCUAGAAUUGAUAAAUCAGUAAGAUCAACGGAAAUUUGUCUUAACAAGAAGUUCAAGAAGAGGAAAAAGAAGUUCAAGAAGAGGAAAAAGAAGAGUAACAGAAAGACUUUACCUAUAUACAGGGCUAAAAAGAAGGUGCGGAAAUGUGAAGGGGCUAACAUGAAGGUGCAGAUAUGUGAAGGGCCUAACAUGAAGGUAUAUGAAGGGGCUAACACAAAGGUGCAGAUAUGUGAAGGUAGUACCUCUGAACAUGAGGCCGAGGGUAGUAAUGAUUGUGAUAAUGGUCAGAAGCUUGGUAGUCGGUGCAGUGAGGUUCAUAAGGAUGAAUUCAAUUCCUCCAAUGACAUUGCCAAAUCUGUGGAAACCUCUCUAGUUACUACUUGCGACCCUUUAAAAAUCUCAGCAAUCAUUUGUUAUGUUGCUGCACAGCCUAUUAUUGAUCCAAUCUGGAGGGGAAGUCUCAGCAUAUUCAACAAAGACUUCAACAUUGUUAGUGGACUUGUAGCCCAUCUUUCUAGCUUAGCAUGUCCUAAAGUACGUGAGGAGGCAGAAUUGCUACCGUUGCUGCUUUUUCCAGAACUGGUUAAUAGAACAGAUGUGUGGCCCAAAGCUUUCGAGAAGUGUGGACCUAACGAUCAGAGUAUUGCUCUUUAUUUCUUUCCUGAUAACGAAAGAGAUGAGAAGGAUUUUGAUACCCUGGUGGUUAGCAUGAUCCAGGAUGAUUUAGCUAUGAGAGCUGUGCUGGAGGAUGCUGAGCUCUUAGUUUUCACGUCAGUUAUACUGCCAGAGCAGUAUCGAAGAUUUCAGACAAAGUUUUAUUUGUGGGGAGUAUUUAGGGCAAAGCAAUUUCCACAGUUAACAAAUAGUAGUGUUGGUGUCGGGGAGAAAGACGUUGCGAUGCCCUUAACCUGUUACGGGCAGAGUCCAGUUAGUACGUUGAGCAACAAUGUUGAUAUUACUUGUGCUCCCGUGCCUCUGAAUUCAUAUUGUCCAUCGGUCAUGUGAUGUAUUUUAAUCAAACCCUGUAUAUUAUGUUUAGUUUAACCUCAAGAUGCUACUAAUUUUAGUGACGCAUGGAUGUAGUUUUUAGUGUUAAGACUUCUUGUCCGGCCUGUCAUGUAUAGGGCAGCUUUGUUCCCAUUGAAUGAAAACUAAUUGUGAAA